AUGCCCCCCUCUUCGGUGGAGUGCGAAGGACUACCUCAAGGGGGGCCGCCCCGCGGUCGCGGCGACCAGGGCAAGAUCAACCUGCUGAACCGCUUUGAGCGCAUGAAGGCUCUUGGGCCGUCCUUCAUCGACAUCACCUGGGGCGCCGGUGGGUCCACCAGUGCCACCACCCUGGAGCUGACCCUGGCCGCGCAGAAGGAGAUUGGCCUGAACACCUGCAUGCACCUGACCUGCACCAACAUGGACCGCGAGCAGAUCGACCACGCCCUGGAGACCUGCCACGCCAACGGGGUCCAGAACAUCCUGGCGCUGCGGGGCGACCCUCCCCAGGGCCAGGAGCGCUGGGUGGCCACUGAUUGCAACUUCUCCUACGGCUCGGACCUGGUCAAGUACAUCCGCCAGAAGUACGGCGACCACUUCUGCAUCGCGGUGGCCGGCUACCCGGAGGGGCACCAGGACAACGAGUGCAAGGAGUCCGACCUGCAGCACCUCAAGAGCAAGGUCGACGCCGGGGCCGACUUCAUUGUCACCCAGCUCUUCUACGACGUCGAGGAGUACCUGCGCUUUGUUGCUCGCUGCCGCGCCAUCGGCAUCACCUGCCCCAUCCUGCCUGGCAUCAUGCCCAUCUACACCCACGCCGGGUGGACUCGCAUGACGACCAUGUGCAAGGUGGCCGUCCCGCCGGCCAUGGCUGCCCGUAUGGAGGAGCUCAAGGAUUCCCCGGAGGAGGUCCUGGCCUACGGCGAGGACUUCAUUGUCCAGAUGAUGACCCAGCUGCAGGAGGCCGGCGUCAAGCAGUUCCACAUCUACACCCUCAACCAGGAUGCCCUGGUGACUCGCAUCCUGCGCCGUCUGGAUCUCCUCCAGGAGGAGUCCCCGAAGUCGGCCUCUCUGCCGUCGACCGCCCCCACCUCUCCCAGCAACUCUCCCUAAGAAGGAGAACGGGCGAUGGGGGCGACCCGGCACCCGGUGCACCUAUGCUGCUCUCCCCGGCGUGCGGGGGUGUGCCUGCGCGCAUGCAUCGCCCCUGGCCAUGGCCCGGGGGGGAAGGGGCGGGGAAGGCCUGAGUCGGAAGGCCUCCCCUCCCCCCGCUCCCCACUCCCUUGCAGACAGAGAUAGACUAGUCAAUAUAUACAUAUACAUACA